AUGAGAAGUUCCAUUGGUAGACAGAUUUGGCUUACAAGACAUGGUGAAAGUGUUCAUAAUAUUGAAAAGAAAAUAGGUGGCGAUCCAACACUUACUGAAAAAGGGAAAAAAUAUGGAGCAUGUUUAACGAGGUUUCUCCAAAAACAAAAACAAUUAUUUCGUCAAAAACAAUUAGAAAAAUAUCAAGAAGAGGAAUUUUAUAUUAAAUAUGAUUUGGGUUUAAGAUAUUCUCCGACUUCUUAUGUAACAUCUUCUCCAACUUCAUAUUUACCACCUUCAUCAGCCUCUGCUGCGAACCCUAAUGAUGAAUUAAAAGAACAAGAACCACCUGAAAAGAAUUUUUUUGUAUGGACAAGUUUAUUAAAAAGAACUAUACAAACUGUUGAAAAUUUUGAUACAAAGGAGUUUUGCAUUAUGCAUAUUAGAUUUCUUAAUGAGAUUUAUGCUGGACAUUGUGAAGAGAUGACAUAUGAGGAAUUGGAUAAGAGAUACCCAAAUCAAGAUAACAAUUUAUAUUUUAGAUAUCCUGGUAUGGGAGGUGAAUCAUAUUUGGAUGUUAUUCAUAGAAUCAAUCCAUUGAUUAUUGAGUUGGAAAGAAUGACUGAUAACGUAUUGAUAGUAACACAUUGCAUUGUGCUGAGAAUACUUUUGGCUUAUUUCAGAGACGUUGAAAAAGAAAAGAUGGUUGAUGAUGGUGGUGUUGCUUGA